GAAAACAAGUCCGCCAAACUGAGAGUUAGUUAUAGUUCACUUUCCUCGGCUUCCCUCUCCAAUGGCUCUCAUAUCUCCACCUCCAACUCUUCCGUCGCUGCUCUGAAUACCAGACAGUAGCCAUGGCGGCAGUUGCAACAGUACUGCUACCGUCGGCAAUGCACAGGAGCUCCCCGUCUUCACUCACCCGCUCGUUAGCUUUCUCGAUCGGCGAUGAUGGUUUCCGUCUUCGAUCCCCAUUCAAUUCUCGUCGCGUCAGGGAUUCCUCUUCCGGUAAUUCUCGUAUUGCAGUUCACUGCGUCUCGAAUUCAGGCACGUCAAGGGAUAAGUUGUUCCCUUUCACCUCCACUUCGACUUCAUUCAGAACUAUUCAGUCUGGGUUCAAACAGUCCUUUUCGCGGAGAGAGUUUUCAGCUCGAUUUGUAGCUACGGAAGCAGUGGCGAAUGAAGCAAUUGGGGUUCCCAGUCUACCUCAAGAAGAAAAGCCUCCGCAGGUGUACACUUGGCCUUCUAAGAAGAACCCGAGGGUGUGCAUACUAGGUGGUGGAUUUGGAGGCUUAUAUACAGCUUUGAGACUAGAAUCACUCGCUUGGCCAGAUGAUAAGAAACCUCAGGUGCUCCUUGUUGACCAAGCUGAGCGUUUUGUCUUCAAGCCCAUGCUGUAUGAGAUUCUUUCAGGAGAAGUGGAUUCUUGGGAAAUCGCUCCCCGCUUCUCGGACUUGCUUUCAAACACUGCUGUGCAGUUUGUGCAAGACAGAGUAAAAGUUCUACAGCCAUGUGAUCACUUGGGAAUUAAUGGGUCGGCAAAAUCUAAUUCUGCUGGUACAGUCCUGCUACAAAGUGGCCUUCUGAUAGAGUAUGACUGGCUGGUUCUUGCUCUGGGAUCUGAAACAAAACUUGAUGUUGUGCCAGGGUCAGCAGAGUACGCAUUGCCAUUUUCUACAUUGGAAGAUGCUCUUAAGGUUGACAGUAAGUUAAGACAACUGGAGAGGAGAAAUUUCAGUAAGGGAUCUCCAAUAAGUGUAUGUAUUGUCGGUUGUGGUUAUGCUGGAGUAGAGUUGGCUGCUACCGUUGCUGAGAGACUGCAGGAUAGAGGAGUAGUACGUGCUAUUAAUGUGGAAAGUAUGAUCUGCCCAACUGCUCCACCUGGCAACAGGGAAGCUGCACUUAGAGUAAGAUUAUGGAUUACGAUAAGAUAAAAUUUAGCAACUCUUUAAGAUUUGUGAAUGACAUCAAGACUCAAGAAUCAUGCCUGAAGUUAGCUUGUUGAUACGAUUUUGAACUUCUUUUUUCGUUCCUGCAACUGAAGCUGUUUAUCUAACAUAGUUUUUCUAUUGGAGUUAGGUUCUCACUUCCAGGAAAGUUGAAUUGCUAUUGGGUUACUUUGUCCGUUCCAUCCAAAAAACAAGUGACUCGGAUUCUGAGAAAUACAUUUUGGAACUGCAACCUGCUGAGAGAGGAAUGCAAAGUCAAAUUCUUGAAACAGAUUUAGUGUUAUGGACUGUGGGGUCUAAACCUUUGCUUUCUGAGCUGGAACCCUGUGAACAGCCUCUCGAGCUUCCCCUUAACGCUAGGAGCCAGGCCGAGACAGAUGAGACCCUUCGUGUCAAGGGUCACCCACGGAUAUUCGCUCUUGGUGACUCAUCUUCUCUCAGGGAUUUGAAAGGGAAGAUACUUCCGCCAACUGCUCAGGUUGCUUUUCAGCAAGCAGAUUUUACUGGUUGGAAUCUUUGGGCUGCAAUUAAUGACCGUCCAUUGUUGCCAUUUAGGUUCCAAAAUCUGGGCGAAAUGAUGACUCUGGGACAGAGCGACGCUGCUGUAUCACCGAGUUUCAUCGAUGGGCUAACCUUAGAAGGUCCUAUCGGCCAUACCGCAAGGAAAAUUGCGUACUUGAUUCGGCUACCAACGGACGAGCACCGGGUUAAAGUCGGGCUGAGCUGGCUGACCAAGUCUGCCAUCCAGUCGAUUGCAUCAGUUCAGGACACCCUUACCAAGAUUGUUUCAGGAUCAUAGCUGGCCAAGUCUGGAAGUAAUGUAUAACAGUAUAUACCGUUGGAUAUUUAGUGAGGGGUUGAAUAUCCUCUAGUGGCAUAUAGGUGAUUCACGUGUAAGGAACUGGUACUCAUGAAUCUUUUCGCCCAAAUAUCGCCAAUUAGAAUCAGGAAAUGUCAGCAGAUGCUCAAUAUGACAAUAUCUAUAGCACAAGUCGUCUUAGGACUGAAUGAAGCUCAUUUCGCGCUAUCAGGAAUGCGUCAAAGCCUGGCUCGUUCUUAACCAACGUUCUGUUCAGCAUGUUACCUUAGUCCUUACAAUACAAAUACAUGAAAAGGAGGAGAGGUACGUGGAAGAAAAUAAGAGGGGGAAGAGGUACGUGGAAGCAAAUUAAAGGAUGAGAUGAGAUGAGCAAGCAAAGCAAGUUGCAGAGGUGUGUUGGAUUUCGGGCGCACUUUUGGCCCUUCGCUUGGAUAUUUCCUUAUGCUUCCAUGGAUAACAGAUUCAUUAGCCAUUACCACUUUUUUCAUAUCCUCUCUUACUCCACGCUUCUUGUGUAUAUAUAAGCUAUGCAAUGCAAACAACACAAAUAUCCCACACACCACCUAGUAUCUUGGACUUGGACCCAAAAUAUCUCUUCCCCAAGGGAAAAAAAUCUCCCCUCCCCUCCUCUCCCUCUCUCUGUUUCUCUCAAGAUGUGCAGAGGAGGAGAAGAACAGCAGCAGCAGCCACUGGUCCCUUGCUUGCGCUGCCAACCACAAGAAUGCAUCAGAAUGGUUCAGCAUUUGAUAGAGAGGUGUUUGAUACUUCGCAUGAGCAGAGAUGAAUGCGCCACCGCACUCUCGAAGCAUGCCUGCAUUCAUCCAACAGUCACACUCACUGUGUGGGAAGGAUUGCUGAAAGAGAAUAGAGACUUCUUCCGGACUUACUCUAGAAUUAUUUCUACGGAUGAUCAGAUCAUUAAUUAAUUUCUUUCCGCCUCCUUGAUGGCUUUGCACAUGUCAUAACCAGUGAUUUUGAUCAUUAUCCCUGUGGAAGAAAGAGGAAAUGAUUGAUCGUAAUUCAUAAUUCAUAUCAUUCUAUAAGAAACUCUGUUGUGCCAUUAAUAAGCAGUCCAAGGGCCUAGCUAGCAGGAUCGCUAAUUAAGUUGUUUAGAAGUAAGAAGCAAAAGCUAAACGUUAACGACAGCAAAAUUCUUUUCCCUCCUCCUCCGCGUCCUCACGCGCCGCCGGAUGUGGCGACGGCGGUUGGUUGCGCGCGAAACUCAAACCGCACUUGCCGCAGGAAACCCUGUCGCCGUGAUCCGCCAUGAAAUUCCCCGGUCCGCACUUCGGGCACUCCUUCCUCAACCUCUCCAGCACACCUGCCGAGUCUUCACCCCCGCCGCCGCCCACGACCUUGUAAAGCUUCAGCACGGGGAGCUUCUCCUUCUCCUUGUCCUUCUUCUCCUUCUUGGGCGUGCUGAACACCUUCUUCUUCCUCUUCUUCCCUCCGCCGCCGCCGAGGAGCCGCGGGAGGAGAUUGACUGUCGCGAAUUGGUUCCGGAUUCCGUACUCGGCUAGGGUUAGGCCGUCGUCGCCGAGGAGCUUGCCGCCGUGGAUCAAUUGGUAGUACUGUUCGCUGACAGGGUCCGAGAUUGAAUUUGGUCCUCCGCGGGAUUGGAUUGCAGAUUUGAGGUCGGCGAUGGUGUCCGACGGGGUGGCGGCCAGAGUUAGGGUUUGCUGCGACGGUAGAUUUACGAAUAUCUGCAUCUCGUCCUGUCGGGUUUUCCGAGCGGCGCAGGGAGGGAACGAAAGAUGAGUGGUUGCGGUGGCGGGAGCCGGGGGAGCUUUAAAGGUGUGGUCUCUGAAAGGCGG